AUGGUGAAAGCAUACGGACAAGAGCAUGUUUACAAGCACCCAUGGGAGAGGGUAACAUCUGCAUCUUGGCGCAAGUUUGCAGACCCCGAGAACAAGCGUACUCUAUCCCAUAUCCUUGAGGUUGAUACUUUAAACCAUAAGCUGGAUCCUGAAUCUGGGAAGCUCUAUACCACACGUGCCAUUACUGUCCAUGCACCUGGACCAUGGUUUGUCCGCAAAAUCAUUGGUCAGGAUAUCUGCCACUGUGUUGAAUCAACAGUUGUUGAUGCCCGAAGCAAGUCAAUGCAACUUACCACUCGCAACCUCAGUCUGCAGAAGUUCCUAGAAGUGCAGGAGAAGAUCCGCUAUGAUCCUCACCCAGAGAAUCCAGAUGAGUGGACAGUAUGUCGACAAGAGACGAGCAUACGUAUUAAGCCAUUAUCAGCACUGGCAUCAAUGGCAGAAAAGGUGGAGCAAAAAUGUGCUGAAAAGUUCAUGCAGAAUAGUGCCAAGGGUCGAGAGGUUAUGGAGAGAAUGUGCAAGUAUCUUGAAGCUGAAUCUAGAGGCAUUGCCAUGUGA